AAUUGGCGACGUUUGAAAAGUGGGCGCGGCUCGUGUGACGUCGAUGACGAGCACCGGAACCCGCCCCCCUUUCCGGCUACGUCAUUGGUCAAUACGAGCGGUGGUGUGUUUUUGCAGCCCACGUCCCUCUGCCUCUGCUGCGACUUUCGGACCGAAUCGUCGUUUCGGACAUUGAGAUUUUCGGACUGGGACCGAUCGGACGCGAAAUGCCGUUCCUGUUCGGCUAGCGUCCGUUUCCGUGAUCUUUUUGUUCGAGUGAAGAUGGAGAACUCGGCGGCCGUUUCAUCGUCGUCAUCCUCCUCCUCCUCUGCUGGCAGCAGGAAGAGAGUCCGUGAACAGGCGGCGCCGCUAGCGAUGACAGGGGCGCCGGGUCCGUCACGGUGCCCUUCCUCCAGCCUCAACGGCACCAACCACUUUGUCAUCAACGCGUCGAUAUGCAAGCCAGCGCCGUUCAGCGACGAGGCGGACGCGAUUCUGGAGCGCGAACGGUGCGACUACACCCUCAAGAUCUCGGUCGCCAUGGCUAAGGCAGGAACAGCCCCUAGGCCUAUCAGGGUGUACGCAGACGGCAUCUACGACCUUUUUCACCAGGGUCACGCCAGGCAGCUCAUGCAGGCCAAGAGCCUUUUCAACAACGUCUACCUUAUUGUUGGAGUGUGCAGCGACGAAUUGACACACGCGCGGAAGGGCAAGACGGUGAUGUCAGAUGCGGAGCGAUAUGAGGCCGUCCGGCACUGUCGCUACGUGGACGAAGUGGUUCGGGACGCACCCUGGGAGCUGGAUGAUGACUUCCUGUCCGAGCACAAAAUCGACCUGGUGGCGCACGACGAGGAGCCGUACACCACCGGCUCAGGUGACGAUGUGUACCGCCACCUGAAGGAAAAGGGCAUGUUUGUGGCCACCGAACGCACCGAGGGCGUGUCCACCUCGGACAUCGUCGCCCGCAUCGUCAAGGACUAUGACAUGUAUGUGCGCAGGAACCUGGCCAGGGGCUAUUCGGCCAAGGAUCUCAACGUCUCCUUCCUCAGGGAGAAGAAGUUAAUGAUCCAGGAAAAGGUGGACAAACUCAAGGACAAGAGCAAACGCAUGUUCGAGACCAUCGACGAGCGCAAGUCAGACAUUAUUUGUAAGUGGGAGGAAAAGUCCAGAGACUUCAUCGAUGCUUUCCUCCUCCUCUUCGGCCGCGAAGGUCGCUUGCACCACAUGUUCAACGAGAGCAAAGGACGUCUGAUGCACGCAUUGUCGCCGCCGGUGAGUCCGCGGCGGGAGGGCAGAGAGGGUAGCACCUCUUCCUCCAGCUCCUCUCUUGACUUUGAUGAAACCUCUAGCCCACCGCCUAAGGCAGCCCGGUACGAGUCGCGGAGUCGGCGCCGGUCUUUAAGCAGGGACUGUUCGGACGAGGAGGACAACUGAAUGUGAUAAGGGUGUUUGGACCGAAGAGGAUGAAAGGGCCUGCGCGUCGACUGACAAGUCUUGGCGCAAAAGAAAGAAAGAAAGCAAAUUGUUGAUAAUUUUAUUGUUUCUCCCUGGACAGGGGGUUUUGUUUGUUUGAGAUAAAAAAAAAAAUAGCCAAAGCGGAAACACCACAGAUCUGCGCUGCACUUUUCUAGUAUUAAACAAAUAUUCUCUCUCGCGCACACACACACACACUCUUUUGACAAAAAGAUUCCAAAAGAACUCAAUAGUUCCUGCUGCUUUGAGGCUUCAUAGGGUUUUUGUAUCUUUAGUGCUUAGUAAUUUAUUCUUGCUAUUUGUAUCGAAUGAAUUGGUAGUAGAUAUGGGUUGCUGAAAGCGACACAUUCCUAACUGACUGGACAAAGAAUUCUCGAUUUUUACUGAUUUAAACUUUUGCUCAGACACAAAGAGAGAAUGCGAAGCGCGGAGUGGAAAGCUAUAUUUUAGAAAGCUGAAAAUAAAUUGAAUUAUUUCACUUGCUGGCAGAGAGGAAUUGUAUUUAGAGAAUCCAAAUGAGGAAUAAACAAAACGCAUAUUAUGUCAUACACAC